AUGCUGAUACAGCAUGUAUUUAUAAUUAACCGAGCUGGAAGCUUGAUUUACGAUUGGGAUGGCAAAGUUGAUUCUACAGGUGUUGAGAAGACAUUUAGUUACCCGCUGGAUAUUGUCCUUGAUAUUAUUGAUCAGAAAGUAACCGUUGUGUUUGGUGAACGAGAUGGAAUUGGUCUUAGAUACACGGUGUCCGCAAUAAAUGGCAUCCCAGUACAAGCAUGCAAAGUGAUUUUCGGUGGUGUAGAGAAGAUGGUUCUGGAUGUUAUCCAAGAAGAAGCAAGCUAUCCUCUUAGCAUACGUUUUCAGGCACCAACAAUCACAACAAAUGAAAAGAUCAUCCUUUCAAGUACAUUCCAUUCACUUUACACAAUCGCUGCUCAACUGAGUCCUGCCCUGAAAAGUUCUGGCAUUGAAGUUCUAACUACUAAUCACUUCAAGCUUUACUGCUACCAGUCGACGACAGGUGUAAAAUUUGUCGUGGUUGGCUCGUUAUCACUGAGCAGUGGUGUCGAUGGACUAUUGCGACGGAUUUAUGAGCUUUAUGCCGAUUUUGCUCUAAAAAAUCCUUUUUAUUCGAUCGAUAUGCCAAUAAGAUGUCAGAGGUUUGAUGACGCAAUCCGAUGCCUCAUAGAAAGGCAAGAUAAAUUUAGUAUGUUGACAAUUUGA